AUGAGCGAUUUAAAUCUUGAGAUGGUAGUGAUGAACCUAAAUCUUUUGAUGGUAACGGUGGUGAUGGAUUUAAAUCUUGAGAUGGUGACGACGGUGGUGGUGGAUUUAAAUCUUGAGAUGGUGACGACGGUGGUGGUGAUGGGUUUGAACCUUGAGACGGUGAUGAUCGUGGUAAUGGACUCAAAUCUUCGUAUGAUGUCAUCGGCGGUGAAGGAGGUGGCGGUGGUGACUCAGAAGGAUAACUGUCAGGAGAAUCUACAUAAGGAGAAUCAACUGAAUCAGGAGGAUCAAGAACAUAAUCUGAAUCAAGAGGAUCUGGAUCAGAAGAAUCUGAAUCAGAAGACUUUGGUGAUAAUGGCAAGAAAAUUGAAACCCCUUCUCUUUCCUUCUUCGGAGGAAAAGGGAGGUAAAGUGAAUGGAAUCGAAACAGAUUCUGGAAAACCAAACCUAGGUUUUGAGAAUCCGAAAAGUAAACAAGAACAUGGAUUGUGUUAUGCUCCAACAUUGAGUGGUGAAUCUGGAUUCGUCGAACUGCGCAAGUUCUGCGAACAGAAUUGCCAGCUCGAUGCAACGCAUUGA